AUUACUGACCUAAUCAAACUUCCUGAAAAGGUUGAGGUAUGCAGUAGAUUUUGAAAGUUUUGCUUAGUGAGUCAAGGUUAUAGCAUGUAACUUACCACAGAUUAGUUAAAGAAAAUAACAAAAACUGAAAAUGGAAAAGCCAACCAUAUGUUGAACUUGUACUAGUCCUUGUCAUUCUAAACACGUGAUUUGGCCCAAAACUUUGCUACUAGUCCUAUAAUUUCAUCUGUUGUCAAAAUUUUCUUGUUACAACACAAAUGAGCAUCAUGAUUAUGUAAAUAAAUUGUGUGCAAAUAUCUCUGUUGAUGGAAUGAAUAAGAAAAUAGGAUAUAUGAAAGCUGCAAAACAUUUUAAAACUCAGAUGAUGCAGUUUUCCAUAAAUGAUGUAUCUCCUACAAGUUGCUGAUUCUUGAGUUACUGCUGCUGUUUGCUAGCAAAUAUUCUAACUGAUGCAGAUGAUCUAGCAUUAGAAAUAUUUCAAGAAGCAAGAAGUGCACUUUGGAGCAUCAUUGCAAGAUUACUGAUUCAAGUUCAAGAAAUUGAGUUGAGUCCGUUGCAGCUACAUCAGUAUGUUUCAGUUAUCACAAGUGAAACAGAAGUGAUUGAGGAGGGAGUUCUCAAUCACCAGUCAAAUGACUCCAAUGAAGAAUGCGGGAACUCUGCUACCUUGCAAAAUUAGCUGCCAGAAAUGUAGUUGUAUCCUUACAGAGAUGCUUACAGUAUCUUACCAAUGGAGACAGUAAGUUCAUAUUUGUUGCAGCUGCAAAGUACUGCGUUGAUAUUGCAACACAUCAACAUGGGUGUUGUGUUAUUCAAAGAUGCAUCGCCCAUGCUACUAGAGAAUAUCGGGAAAACCUGGUUGCAGAAAUUUCUGCCAAUGGACUUCUUCUAGCUCAGGAUGUAUUUGGAAAUUAUGUUGUUCAGUUCAUAUUGGAGCUUAAGAUACCAUCUGUGAUAUCCAAGUUAAUAUCUCACUUUGAGGGUAACUUUGUGCAUCUCUUAACACAGAAGUUCAGCAACCAUGUCGUUUAAAAAUGCCUUAUCGUAUGCGACUAUAAGGUCCAGUCAAAGAUAAUCCAUGAACUGGUCUCUGCAACUCACUUUGAGCAGCUGCUUCAGGACCCACAUGCCAAUUAUGUUGUUCAAACAGCUCUUCGAAUUUCUGAGGUGGGCAUAGCAAUUGCAAUAAGAUACUCAUUGACAAUGGGAGCAUUUUCAGUCACACCAAAUGGACCUGAAGUUUUAUUGCUUGAUUACCCCAGCCAUCAAAGACAACUACUCCCUCUUCUUGCAAAGACAUAUGCCAUGAGCUUUGCUGCUAACUUCUUGAAAAGGAUGUAUGUGAAGAAGAAACCUGAAAUGAUCAAAACCUUACAUGUUGUUUCAAGUGCCUUUAAGGCUACCUUAAGCUCGCAUAAUAUGCGAACACUUCAGGUAGUAGCAGACAUCACAGUUGUGAUCAAAAUGUCUUGUGGAGUCCAUUUUUAACUUUUAUUUUAGAUUAAAUAUUAUCUUGUGUUUAUAAUUUAUUAUUGUGAUGAAAGUAUUGAGAUUGAUUGAUAUAAAAUAUUGUAUUGAUAGUAUUAUAUUGAAA